UGCGUCCCCCACACGCUUCCGCCGCCGUUCCUCCAGGGCCCGGCCAUGUCGGCGGGCUCGGGGCUCGGGGGCUCGGGGCCGGCCGCGGGUCGGGGCCGCUGAGCCCCCUCUCGGUUCCCCCCCCUUCCCGGUCCCCCUCUUCCCGGUCGCGAUGGAGUUCGCGGAGCUGAUCAAGACGCCUCGGGCAGACAACGCGGUGCUGCACGGCCCCCGGUGCCCGGCGGUGCGCGGCACCCUGUGCCUCACCGGGCACCACCUCAUCUUCUCGUCACGGCUCAGGGAGCGCGGCGAGGAGCUGUGGCUGCUGCACGCCAACAUCGACUGCGUGGAGAAGAGGUUUGUGGGCUCGCUGGGUACCAUCGUUAUAAAAUGCAAAGAUCUGCGAAUCAUUCAGCUGGACAUACCUGGCAUGGAGGAGUGUCUGAACAUCGCCAGCUCUAUCGAGGCACUUUCCACGUUGGAUUCUGUCACCCUCAUGUACCCGUUCUUCUACCGGCCCAUGUUUGAAGUCGUUGAGGAUGGCUGGCGUUCUUACCUGCCUGAGCAAGAGUUUGAGCUCCUCAGUUCGGUGACAGAUGAGUGGCGUCUAAGCUGUGUCAACAAGGAAUUCUCUGUCUGUCCCUCCUACCCUCCUGUUGUUAUCGUCCCCAAAUCCAUCGAUGACGAAGCGCUCCGGAAGGUCGCACUGUUCCGCUAUGGUGGUCGUUUCCCAGUCCUCAGCUACUACCAUAAGAAGAACGGGAUGGUCAUGAUGCGAAGUAGCCAGCCUCUGACGGGUACAAACGGCAGGCGGUGUAAAGAAGAUGAGAAGCUGAUUAACGCCACGCUGCGGCCUGGAAAGCGUGGCUACAUCAUCGAUACAAGGUCCCUGAACGUAGCGCAGCAGGCCAGGGCCAAAGGAGGGGGCUUUGAACAAGAAGUGUACUACCCCCAGUGGAGGAGGAUUCACAAGUGUAUUGAGAGGUUUAAUAUCCUGCAGGAAAGCCUCAUCAAACUUGUGGAAGCUUGCAAUGACCAGUCACACAACAUGGACCGCUGGCUCAGUAAGCUGGAAGCUUCCAACUGGCUGACUCACGUCAAGGAGAUACUAACAGCAGCUUGUCUAGCUGCUCAGUGCAUUGACAGGGAAGGUGCGUCCGUGCUGGUUCAUGGGACUGAAGGAACGGAUUCGACACUCCAGGUGACUUCUCUGGCACAGAUUAUCUUGGAUCCAAGGUGCAGGACCAUACGUGGCUUUGAGGCUCUCGUUGUGAGGGAGUGGCUGCAGGCUGGCCAUCCUUUUCAGCUGCGCUGUGCCCAAUCAGCCUACUCAAACACGAAGCAGAAGUGGGAAGCCCCGGUGUUUCUCCUCUUUUUGGACUGUGUGUGGCAAAUCCUGCGUCAGUUCCCUUGCUCUUUUGAAUUCAACGAACAAUUCCUUAUUAUGCUCUUUGAACAUGCUUACGCUUCGCAGUUUGGGACUUUCCUGGGAAACAACGAAAAUGAAAGGUCUAAGCUGAAGCUGCCACAGAAGACCAUGUCCCUGUGGUCCUGGGUGAACCGGUCUGAGGAGCUGGGCAAAUUCAAGAACCCUCUUUUUGAGGCCAACAGCCUUGUCAUCUGGCCCUCUGUUGCCCCGCAGAGCCUGCAGCUCUGGGAAGGUGUCUUCCUUCGGUGGAACAGGCCUUCCAAAUUCCUCGAUGAAGCCCAGGAAGAAAUGCUCAACAUCAUAAAAUACAACAGGGAACUUCAGGCAAAGGUUAAUGCGUUGAGGAGGCAGCUGGCAGAGCUGGAAACGGAUGAUAGGAUGCAGGAGAACCUGUGAGCUGCCAGGGCUUUGCCUCAGGUCUUUCUUUUCCAGUUCCCUUUACGUUAAAGACUAAACGUGGAAAGUGCAUGUAUUGCAAAGUCCUCUGGUACAGCUCACCCUGCCCUCCCGCUGCUGAAACCUUCACUUCACACUAUGUACCUCCCUGCUUUCUGGGAGGGAUUUGUUUUGUUUACAGAAGAUACACCCAAGUGGGCACAGUGUCCUCUCUCUUGGCAGCUUUUCUGUCUCUAAAUUGUGUACAGUGUCAGUAUAAGCUGGAACUCUUACCUCCACCCAACUGGAUGGAUGACCAAGAUGGGCCAAGAGAUGGGACGUUUCAGACUUCCUUUGGACUUUAUUUCCCUGAACUCUCUAAGCACUCUUUGCAGGAUUAAAUGACAAAGUUCUGUAUAGAUAAGGAAGGGCAUUCUGUCUGAAGGCACCUUUUCUCCCCAAGAGUAGGUAAGGCAGCUUAGUUCUUUAGUUUCCUAGCUAAUGGUAUAAACUACAAGCUCAACCAGUCUAUAUGACGCUUUCUGUAGCCUUCACAUCUAUCACUGGUGGGUUUUUUUUGUGGCUUGGGAGCCGUAGGUUCAAUACCAAACCAGAGUAAGAAAUGCAGUGCAAUACGGGACCGAGGUAGGGAUUCUGCUGCUAAUGUUUAAGCCAUGACCUUCAGGUGGAAUUGUCCCUCGUGGAUAAAUAUCUCCUAAGAAAUAAAAAACUUUUAUUAUUAUUAUUAUUAUUUUACCUGGAAAACACAGAGGUUAAGUGGUUGGUGGAGGUGUUCCCUUGCUCAGCAGAACAGUGAUUUGGAGCUGUCCUUUUUGAACUACUGCCCUCUUGAAGCUUCUUACUGCACGGGCUGUUUCUGUACAUUUGAACAGGCUCAUGGCAUUGCCAGGGUGCAUGAGCAGCACUUGAUCUACAGCUCGACAAAAUAUUUUCACUCCAUUCAGUGCUUUUUUUUUUUUUUUUUUACCUCACUCUUAGACACGUUGUGAAACUUCAGAAGCAGGAGUUGGGAGUUAACAUGAUCUAACAUCCCAGGUUGCUGCAGACUGGAAGGCUGUCACACUACAGAAAUGCUCAUGGUGUAAAUCACUCGUAGAUGCUAAAACUGCCUAAAGAUGCUAGAGAGAACUUUACCAGGUAGCUUUGUAUUUUGUAGCUACUUGUUUCUGUGACUGCAGUCUGCUUUGUUAUAAAGCUUGAGGGUUUUUGCUUUUUCCUCCUUCAAAAAGGCAGGUAAGAGUGGUCUGGCAUUUUAACUCAUCUCAGCGUUUGUUCAGCUUAAUUCCAUUGGUAGCUGCACACGACUUGAAUUAAAACAGUGCGUGUGGCUGGAAUUGAUAUUAAAAAUUGAUUGCUGUCAGCCUGAUCGGGCUGAAAGAAGUGGAGCUGUGUUAGGUCAAUCUUGAUCUCUUUGAAAAGUGUUGAACUUCCAAGUAAUUUCUUUGGGGUUUUGGAAUGAGGCUGCCUUUACCUAAAAACCACUUAACAUAAAGACAGAUAGGACAACAGGAUCUGUAGUUGUCUUGAAAGAAUCUGGAGAGUAGUCUUCUGCAAAAAUUGCAUAGCCACUAAAAAUAUUUUUUAAAGGUGUUCUAUAUCCAAGAAAACUAUUUGUGAUGGCAAUUUCAGGCACUCCCUUAAUGCCUUUUGUUCCACUCUUCUAUUUCCUUAUUUAUUUUUCUGACUAGCCUAAACCUAGUCCUGAAGCCAUCUCACUUCAGAAAAACAAACAAAAAACCAGCUGUUAUACCAGUUUCUACCAAUUCCUUCUUACAAGUCGAGAACAACUAAAUCAAGGCUGGCAUAGGGAACACUUCUCCGGGUAGCCGGUGAUCUUUACUACGUAACAGUAGAGAUGCAAGUUGGCAACACCUUCCUGCCGCCUCCAAGCUCCGGAUUUUGGAGCUGCCUUCUGGGUGUAUUGCAAAUGAAAGCCCUGAACGUUACCCUUUAAAAUUACGGCUGCGUGCUCUGCACCUGCCUGGACGUUGCGCUCCUAUCCAAUUCGCAGUUUGCUGUUCCUGUACAUCUGAAAUACGUGAUCACUAGUCAGAUGAGAAGGGAUCAGAAGGGACUAUUUUCCCCAUAAUAGGCUAUACAUAAAACACGCUUAAUGGUUAUGCAGUUUUUUAACAUAAUAAUUAUAUAUUGAGCUAAAUAACAGAGAAGCAAAGGGGGUUGGUUUCUUUUUUUUUGAUCUGAUGGCCUGCCUCCUCUAGUCUCGUGGAAACUGCAGGCAUCUGAGGAAAAUGGGUAACCAGCUGUGACAGCUACCAAAGGGCAGAAAAUUCUCGCUGAGCUUUCAUCCUUGACUUGCGUUUCAGGACUCGGUCCACACCCCAGUGCAGUGCGUGCACCUCGGCUUCACGGCGGUGUGGAUCUUAACGAGAAUUCCCUAGUGUCAUCCUGAGUAGUGACAGCAGUUUGUCCCACCCCCUGAUUCCUCUGCCACGCGUCGCCGUGUGUUCACAGCAAGCCGCAGGAGCUGGAGGGCUGAGUUAACCCGCAAACAGCCACCUCGGUGCCAUGUUACAGUCCUGCAGGGUGUUGCGUGAGGUGGAGUUGAGACAAGAUCUCUCCUGGGACAAGACAGUUCUCAGACCUGUGGCAGGCUACUUAAGGUCUGUUUGCCUUUUCAUUCCCAGCAUUUUCCAGGUUCGAGUCUAGUGACUACUGGUAGCACGCAGUGGAGCAGCGCCCCUUCUUUGCUUACCCGUACAUCUACCGUAUCUAUUCACUUAUUUGAUCAGCUUGCUUCUUGUUAGCCCGCUGCACUCGCCCCGUGGAGUCGGUGACACGCUGCUUGCAGUCACCCGUGUCUUCCUGAGCUCUGAGCGUUGUGGCAGCGCCCAGCUCUGGCUCAGCAGCCUGACACUGCUGCUGAGAUGCCCGUGUCUGAUCUUUUGCACCCACGUAAUAAGCUGGACAUCGAGGGGCCCCUUCUCCAAGCUCUGGGGUCAGUCAACGUGGGGACACUGCCGUUUACCCAAAAGAAAAAGGGAAAAAGAAGAAACUUGCACAGCUUUCACGAACACAAAGGGAAUAUGCACCUUCAAUAUUCUGAUUGCAUCGAUCUAACUCUUGAAUGUGGCCACCUGGUUCAGUGCGCUGUUGUCCGCGUUGCAUAUGAUACAACUCCAGUUGCACUGUGCAGCAUAUCGGCGUCUGGCGUCUGCUUCGCUCAAGCCUUGGAAAGCCUUGUAGGGGUUCCUCUACGAGGGAAGGUGUCACCGGAUAGCCCUGCGUGAUGUGUGCUCUGUAGCUGUUAACGCGUACAACUCUACGUGAUGAGUGCACUUCGGCCCAAACAUCUGGGAUUGUUCAUUGGACUUGGCUGCUGCAUUGAUCCUCAUUUUAAAAUGAAAUGAGUAACAGGGCUGGGAGUUUUUGUGCUAUUGUUAGAUGUAUGCUGUAUGUGUACAGAAUCCUAGCUGCUGUGGUAUUGAAUACAUUGCAAAACAAAACAAAAAAAAAGUGAAAAUAGAGGAAAAAUUAUAAUGGCUGAAAUGGCUUAGCCAUUUGAGGGGAGAAAACCAGAUACAAAGUGGCUGUAAACUUUGCUGUAGAUAUGUUGAGAACAUAGUAGACUUGUCUGUUCAAAUUAAAACCUUGAAGACUCUAAAAUUCUUUAA